CUUCUACCAGACUACACAAUGCAACAACCUAGAAGACAGCCAUCUUCAGACUCACCCCCCGUUACAUUCGAUCUCAUUACAGGGAAAAUCUUCUGUAAUAUUAAGAUAUUUUAGUGAUGAGGAGUUUCAUGUAAUUACAUGUGGAAAACGUUGUAACUAUCUCCUUACUCAAAUUUGUUUUUCAGUGAAGAGGGGGCUUUACAGAUUUUUGAAAAUAACAGAACAAACAUUAUUUACAUUUAAAAACUGUGGGGAAUAUCCUCAUUUGCAUUAUAGUUUAAAUCAAACCAGUUAAUACAUCAUCGUUAAAUUGUCUAUGAUCCAUCAAUACAAAUAGCCCAAUAACUAAUUAAAGAACAGCAUCGUACAAGGUCAUGAUGUACUGUCAUCUCCUGCGUGGAUAUUACUGAUAGAACAUGUUGAAUUUUGUGCAUAGUUAUUGUAUUGACUUUAAUCGUUGUCUAAUUAUUUUUGUUAAAAGCCACAAAGGUUCGGAAGCUGGUUCUACUAUUGUCUUCAGGUGAAAGUAGACGAAGUAUAACCAAAUUUUUAAACGUUUUUGGCUAAGAAUAUGCCUAACAAAAUAAAGACAUUCACCCAAUCUAACUGAUGUCAGAAUCCUUUAAAUUGUUUUAUGUUCUAGUUUAAACAGACGAAGUAUGGGUCGUGAAGAACGUAUACUUCUCUGCAGCUGCAGCGAGGUGAUAUUCUUAAUAUUGUUAGCUGUGGUCAGUAGUUCAAAAACCAGUUAUCAACAGCGAACCCGUCGCAUCGAAUCCAUAACCUCUUGCUUUCUGGCUGAAUAUGCUCGCUGGAGGAAACUGGAUCAAGUAGUCAUAUACCAGCACUCCACAUCGGGAACUAUGGAUCUUGUGAAGGGGCUUAGCAGGCGCGGUGUGUUCGUUGGUCUUCAGGAUCUGAAGGACCCUCAUAUUCCUUCUGCCAUCAGCAUCGCCCGACACAGGAUCGGCGCCGUCAUUGUGACUGGGUCUAGGGUGUCACUUGUCGCAGAAGAGUUCCUGGAACAGGUAGGACAAAUAAUUACAGACUGCAAUCCUUCAGCCAAUAUGAGUCACGGUCUAAUGAAAGCAGCAAGCCUUUUCCCACAGUUAACACGCGCCUAUAUAAAGAUGUUUCCAAAAUUGGGUUUUGCGGGAACCGGCGAAAUAAAACGGCAAGAUUAG